AUGCUCUUAAUAAAUCACAGAGCUUUGAGUAGUUUAAAAAAUUCAAAAGUGGCGAUUUUGAGAAACGAAGAACGUGGAAGACCACCGAAAAAGUUUGAAGACAGCGAAUUGCAAGCAUUGUUGGACGAGGAUGACGUUCAAACGCAACAACCACUCGCAGAUCAAUUAAAUGUGACACGAGAAGCUGUCUCCAUACGUUUGAAAGCCAUGGAAAAGAUUCAGAAGAUGGAAAAUCAUCACACACAGCAAAACCGGUCUAGGACACGAUUGAGGCGUUUGAAAUGGCUUGGAAAUGAACUUAAUCCCGAAGACUGGGGAUGGAUCACUAUAAAUGAAAUCUUGGAACCGAUUCAAACUCUUUUGCCUUCUGCUCCAGAUAUACUCUUAAAUAUUAUUUUCUGCAAUUAUUCUAAAGAUUGCGGCUUUAACUGCAGUUGUAGAAAAGUUGGUUUGCGUUGCUCAGCUGUAUGCGGUAAUUGCCAUGAUCAAUCUUGCACAAAUCACGCUGAAGAUAUCACCGAAGACAUAUAUCCAAUAAACUUAGCUAUGGCAGCUGUGGAAGAAAUGGAAGAAAUGAAAGAAAUGGAAGAAAUGGAAGAAACAGACACAGAAAUCAUAGAGUUUGAGGAGAUUUCAGAAAUAGAUAAAACCGAAAAAUAAUUUAAUAACAAAAUAAACAGAACAAAAAAAUGUGGAUUAGGCCUAUAAGGGAUAUCAUAUAAUUAAAAAACACGACCGGUAUUCUACCUCAGCGGUGGUGUAGAAAGGAGUGCAUUUUAUCAAUGAAAUACGAUCGUGUAACUUUGUAAACUAUUUUGCUCGAGAAAAGGUAGUCCUACGAAAAAAACAAAUUAAACCUUUUUUAUAGCAAAUUUCAUAAGCUACAAAUUAUAUCUAAAUUUUUGCAAAAAAAUCAAUAUUUUGCGAGAUAUUCGUGAAAAACUGUUUUUCACCCGCUUUCAACCUUUGUAAAAAAUUUUCCUUACAUCGACGGGGAUUUUUGAGAGGUUGUUUAAAAUAGCAAUAUCUUACUGUAUGCAAAAAUCCAGCCAGGUGGAAAUUCUUCCGAAGUUGAAUGCCAAUUUGACUGGGCUAUUACAUGGCUAUUCUCUUCCGCAUCGGGCAGAAAGCUAAUUAUUGAAAUAAUAAAGAUUUUAAAAAGGGCACUUUGUCUGACAGAUUAGUUGGGUUCGUUGGAGAGUCAAGGGGUUACACCAAUCUAGACGGUCAAAAAACAGGCCUAACUUUGAUAUUUUAUUCUUGCUAAAUGGGUAGUGGGAAUUAAAUGAAAUUUUGUGUAAUUAUUGAGAGAGAGACUUAUGUUUCGAUAAUAUAAAAAAAUUUUUUUAUUAAACAAUGGUGACGGAAAGCAGAAAUAUGGCCGCCGACACACAUUGAGGUUUGGAAAAACGCAUUUUGCGGUGACCACUGUCCUGUCUAAACGAUCCAUCUGAAACAAAAAAACAAAAUGAUGUUUUUAAGCUAACAGUAGUGGUUUGUCGGUGACAAUCGCCGAUUGUCGAUUUUAUCGUUUGUUACAAAAUGGCGAUGAGUUAAAGUUAAAAUUUAAAAA